GAAUGACCUGUGAAUGAAGAAUUUUUAUUCUUAAUGAUGGAAAGUUCUUUUACUGUAGUGUUUGGUUUAUUGACAGUUUGUCUGUGCAUGUGCGCAUAUGCGCAGAAUGAAACACAGUCUGAGGGUGAAAGUUCAGCAGAAACAAAUAGGUCUUGUGCGAACAGCGCGACUAACAAAACAGAUUAUGUGUGUGAGCUGAAUUCAACGGAUUUGACGGUAUCUACAGAAGUAGUAACAGAAGGUGUCAAUGGUACAACUAGUAUCGCAGAUGUGAAUAGCACGCUGUCUAGUGAAGUAGUUCAAAUAGGAAAUGAAACAUAUUCUGAAUUGCCUGUGAAUGCAACCACGGCGAAACCAGAGAUUCAGACAACACGGCAUCCGGAGACUACCACGGAACCAGUUCCUGCAACGGUUGAGACGGUAGCGGAAUUACGACCAGUCUCUAGUGAAAUCUGCGUGUGCGAUAUAAAAGUGAAUUCUUGUGAUAUCAACUGCUGUUGUGACGUGGACUGUUCAGACAGCGAUCGACUUGCAUUCUCAGGUUGCCACGGUAGAGCGCCAUUUAACUUCGAUCCUCGUCAUUGCUACCACACGCAUUUUAUCUAUCAUAACAACACAGAGUUGAAGCUUGUCCAAGACGAAGGUGGUUUAUUUUGCAUAGUGAGUGACAACUUACCUGCAAGAUUUACGUAUCAAAAUAGGAGGGUGGUAACAACUUUGCACGAAUUUAACAAACUGCACAGAUCUCGGAGGACAUUUUCUUGGCAAGCUGAGAAAUUUGAUCCUCCCUCGUUUGAUCCAUCAGCACCAUUCAGGAAGGGAGCAAUCAUAUGGACUGUUGUGAACAGGACUCUCAUUCCUUUCAGUCUUCCAGUGCAUGUAACAAGUGCCUUAUGUCAAGCUUCGAAAAUAAUCUACUAUUUAAGUGACUGGUCAGGAACAUGUCACGUCGUCACAGGCGAUGCUGCCGCCUGCGAAAAUCGUCCAGAACUCAGUGCCUCUACUUUCUACAAAGGAUUCACUGUCUUAGUCGCACCGGAGCUGAUGAAUGAGACCUACGUCGUUCAUCUGAAAGAGGAUUGCCCUUCUAAUGUCUGCAUUGCAGUAACUCUGCACUUAUGUUCAGAAUUAAGCACUGGGGCGUCAGUACUUGAUCACUGCGACGAAGUAACAGAUUUGCAGCCCUCCUUUUAUGACUCUGGUUCUGAAAAUUGUCAGAAUGUAGUCAGAGAGGUGAGAUAUAUGAUAUACCAUAAUGGAACCAAAGGAAUUACAAAUGUAUGUGUGUAUGUGUGGCUUACAAAUGUAACGCUGUAUACGGAAUUGUCACAAAAGUUCAGCGUCUCUUUCCGUUGGACUAAAGAUGGAAAACCAUUCCAUCGCAGUGGUAAUCCUGGUUAUAUCGUUGGCAAACCAGUCAUGACUGGAAAGAAGGUAACUCGGGUUUCAGGAAUCGAAGGAGAAGUUGAUAAAGAAGCCAUUGAAGUUGAUGAGAAUCCUGAGGAGUGGCUGUCGAUUGCAGUAGCAAAGAAAGAUGGCAGAUGCGACGUGGAGGGGAAGAACGGUAAUUCUUUGAGGCAGACUGUCACAUUUGGGGAGAACAGAUGGUCAUCGUGCAUGGUGUUUGUUAGCCCAUCAAACUUUACGUCACCGUCAGCCUGUGCGACAAUGCACAAAGCAACGAUUAAUUUGUUAGCUGGUGGUGUGAUGGAGAAUGUUACGUCAGCUAAGGAGUUCAAUUUUUAUAUUGCAACUUUUGGAGACUCAAAAGUUGAAGAAACAGGUGACUGGGUACAAGUAAUGCUGGAAACUGUCCCAUCAUUUGUAAUUUCAUCGAGUCAAAGUGAUGACUGGGCGCUAGUCUGUAAAGGCAUCGUGACGAGUCUUCACAUUGACGUGAUGUUCGCGAAUGUCGGUUCUCUCGCAGUACCUCAGGCAAAAAUUUUAGGUGCUGUUUUCAGAUUUGGAUCGCCGCGUGACAUAGUAUUUGCGUGUUCUUCUUUUCGCUGCACGCGCGAAACUGAAGAGCAGCACUACGAUGCGGUAAGUUCCGUGUCGUUUGUCGACGCUACAAAACCCGCCAUUGCCCGGUUCGCAGAGCCACCUGUUUAUGAAGUAAAGUUACCCUUUGACUUUUUCUACCCAUUUUUCAGUAAUUCGGCUCUUUUAAAACCAAGUAAUGUACUAGUUUUUGCACUAUUUGUCUUCAGUUGUAUCAAAAUUAUAAUACACUGAUUUCUAAAAGAAUAGCAAGAUUCAUGCUUCCCCCUUAAUUCAUUGCAUCUUCCCAAAUGUCAACUUAUACAGUAUAUUCCUGAAGCGACUUAAUUACAUUCCCAUUUAUAUAUUUAAAUUGAAGAAGUCUGUCUGCAAAACCCUGAAGAACUUCCCAUGGAACCAGUUUGGAAAUCGCUGAGGUAGGAAUGUUUUCAAAAUAUUUGCGAACUUUUGUAUAAAUUUAAUUUGAGUUUCGGUUUAUAAUUAAAAUAAACGCGUUCUUUGACAGUGUCAUCCUGAAACCCUGGUAAAUUUGAAUUUUAAUAUUAGUGACACAAACAUUUAAUUGGGAACUUAAUUUUGAACUCUGAAAAGAAAAAUAUAUGUGUUGACAGUUUUGACGGCAGAAUACUGAUGUCUGUCACUGAUGAAUCAUAUCAAAUGAGAGUAUGGCUUUGCGAAUCCAACACUCUGAGUUUGAAAUUUGAUAAAAUGUUUAUAAGAUAUUUAUAUCACUAAUGUAGACUGACCUCAGUUGUCAUUUUACGUUAAGACUGAAAUUUAUUUUUGACAUUUUUGUGUGGUGUUUAUACAAUUUUUUUGAGAGACAUUUGUAGAACUUUGUCUGAUAAAUGUAUUGUAAAUUUUCUCAGCGUACCCUGUAAACAGUGUUUUAGGAGUAAUCAGAACUUUGGUGACGGUAACGUCUAAUAGUGGAUGUGAGAGUAAUUUUGUUUCUCGUAUGGUGAUGACAGGGACUUGUAUAUUUUUCUGUCUCAGUUCAUUGCAUUCAAAUUUGCACACUGCACCACAUUUCAGAUUAUGAAAUGCAGAUUUUGGUACAAAUUAUAUUUUUAUUUCUACGAAA